ACAGCGGGGAGAAUGUGGCAUUCACGGCGCGGAGGGAAAACCUGGAGCAGCGUCAAUCACCGAUGUGUCGUAUGAAGUACUUAAGUCCUAAAAAUACACGUAUUUUAUGUUAAUUCUGCGCGUGGAUUAAACUGCAGUCAAAUACAUUUAACAGACAGUACUCCUGGAAUAUAAAACUCGACUUUUCUGGAAUAUCAAAACAAGGAAUACUUUGCCAGCUCGGAGUUUUCCUACAAACUGCCACCGUGGUCCGCUACAUUUCAGGGGGUGAAAAGUUUCUGCCACACUUCACCAAAAAAGUCGUGACCACAUUACUUCCUUCAGUCUCAUCUACAGCAGCUCCACCAGCCUCCAACCCCUGGCUGACCCUGGAAAUAACAUCUCUCCCCCAAAAAUAAAGACUGAAAAGUCUGCGCAGGAAAUUAAGAACAGUUUUUCCAUCUCUGCAGACUCAAAGGAAAUAAUAUCACACAGAGGAUUUAUUUAGAACGUUGUGUCUGGAGUCGAGACAGGAAGUGUGGAGAGAGUCUCACCUGAGGCAGGUCUCCAUGUCUCCGGCACUCAGCAUGAGGCUCUGAGGAGGCAGCGGGAUUUUAAAUAAAGCUGGUUCAAACACGAGGAGGUGGAGGUGGAGGAGGUGGGAGCAUGGGGAAGGAGCAGGACCUGCUGCAAGCGGUGAAGAGCGGAGACCUGCUGUCCACUCAGAAGCUGCUGUCCAAACUCAAAGCCAACAGAAACAAGUUGCUGGGCUCCACUAAGAGACUGAAUGUGAACUACCAGGAUUCAGAUGGGUUUUCAGCCCUGCACCAUGCCGCCCUCACAGGCACCACUGAGCUGCUGUCUGCACUGCUGGAGGCUCAGGCUACUGUGGACGUCAAGGACAGCAACGGAAUGCGUCCGCUGCAUUACGCAGCCUGGCAGGGAAAAGCUGAGUCGGUCCUGAUGCUGCUUCGCUCUGGAGCUUCAGUGAACGGUAUUUCACUGGACGGACACAUCCCUCUGCACCUGGCAGCCCAGUACGGACACUACGAAGUGUCUGAGAUGUUGCUGCAACAUCAGUCCAACCCCUGUCUGGUCAACAAGGCCAAGAAGACUCCUCUGGACCUGGCCUGUGAAUUUGGAAGAGUCCAGGUGGCCCAGCUGUUGCUGAGCAGUAACAUGGUCGUGGCGUUGUUGGAGGGAGAGAGGAAAGAGCCAACAGACUCGGCCUUCACCACCCCACUACACCUCGCCGCCCGCAAUGGACACAAAGAAAUCAUACGACUGCUGCUGAAGGCCGGCAUCGACAUCAACAAGACCACCAAGUCUGGAACGGCUCUGCAUGAAGCGUCUCUGUAUGGGAAGACGGAGGUUGUCCGACUGCUGCUGGACGCUGGAGUGGACGUGAACAUCCGUAACACCUACAACCAGACAGCACUGGACAUCGUCAACCAGUUCACCACGUCACACGCCAGCAGGGACAUCAAGCAGCUGCUCCGAGAUGCGACGGGUGUUCUGCAGGUCAGAGCUCUGAAGGACUACUGGAAUCUCCACGAUCCAACAGCCCUCAACAUCCGAGCUGGAGACGUCAUCAUGGUGUUGGAGCAGCACAUGGACGGACGCUGGAAGGGCCACAUCCACGACACCCAGAGAGGGACGGACCGAGUCGGCUUCUUCCCUCCGUCCAUCGUGGAGGUCAUCAGCAGGCGAAAUGGGGGCACCCUGUCCCGGCACGCCUCUCUGCCCACCCAACGCCAGCAGCAGCUGUCCAGAGCCCCCCUCUCCUCCAGCCUCAGCUCCGCCCCUCAGACUGACGACUCCUACACCCUGUACGCCCCCCCCACCCACGUGGUGCUGCCGCUGGCCAACGGCCUCACUACCAACACAGGUUUGUCUCCGAGCCGCCUGUCUCAGUCUGAGUGUCCCUUCGAGGACAUCUGGGUUCUCAGGGACUCGUGUCAUGCUGGAGACAGGAACAGUGUCGGGAGUACUGGCAGCGUCGGCAGUACCCGGAGUGCCGGCAGCGGACAGAGCACAGAGAGCAACAACGCACCCAAUGGACUCCAACACAACGGCGGUCACCAUGACAAUGCCAAUAAGCCGGCGCCCUCUGCUGUCGAUUCUGGACACUUAGACUGCAGCAAACAGCCUGAUCACCCUGCAGGUGGGACUCCACGGAGGCAGACAGUGACGGUGCAGAGACCUGCAGAGCAGAGCUUCUCCCAGCAGUUUGUUCGUCCUCAGCAGCUGCUGGAGGGGAAGGAUGCGGAGGCCAUCUAUCAAUGGCUGAGUGAGUUCCAGCUUCAGCAGUAUACUGGAAACUUCAUCAGUGCUGGUUAUGAUGUUCCAACCAUCAGCAGAAUGACUCCUGAGGACCUGACUGCCAUCGGAGUGACCAAACCAGGCCAUCGCAAGAAAAUCUCCAUCGAGAUCAACAACCUGAAUAUCCCUGAGUGGCUGCCUGAGUACAUCCCAUCUGAUCUGGGUGAGUGGCUCAGUGCCAUUGGUCUCCCACAGUACCACAAAAAACUCUCUGAAAAUGGCUAUGACUCCAUCAGCAUCGUGAAAGACCUCACCUGGGAGGAUCUGCAGGAGAUCGGCAUCACCAAGCUGGGCCACCAGAAGAAGCUGAUGCUGGCGGUGAAGAAGCUGUGUGACAUCCAGAGGGCGAUCCUUCAGGCUGAAUCAGGCCAAGGCACACUGCGUCGCAAGGCCCCAGGAGCUCUCCACCUGGUCACCAUUGAGCCGCCUGACUCAGGAGGUGAAUGCUCUUCUCCUCACACCCCAAAAAUGCUGACCUUCCAGGACAGCGAGCUGAGUGCCGAGCUGCAGACAGCCAUGUCCAGCCACUACGGAGGCUGCGAGGAAGGCUUGGCCAUCAAGAAUGCAGUAGGAAUGUCCCAGAGCCAGGAGAGCAUUGACACCCGGUCCAGAGGCUCCGGGCGUUCCCAAGAGCCUCCCACGGCUUCCAUCACUCCCCACAGCUGGUCCCAGGAGAGCCUGGAUGGCAGCCCCGCCAAGGAGAGGAAUCUUCCUGAGGGCUGGGACCAGAGACCUCUACAGCAGCAGCCACUGCCCAAGCAGGUGCCUUUGGGCACAGCAACUGUGUUUAAGUACCCAGCAAUCCCAGCAAAGCCCAAACUGUCUGGAUCUCGUGGUCCCUCCCCUCAUGGUUCCCCAGCACUGAAGGGUUUUAGCUAUCUGCAUUCUCACUGUGGCUCCACAGACUUGACCUCAUCUCCCAGGCCUGAGAAUCACAGCAUGACCCUGACGCCGCCCAAGAAACGCACCCAGAGCAUGACCCGCCACGCUCUGUCAGAUGGAGAACCUGAUGAGGAUGAUGAUGAGCCUGCGUACCGUUCCGGAAACCUGUCGUCUUAUGCCACUCUGACACGCAAACCCGGUCGCAGCCAGCUAGCUCGAUUACAGGCGAGUCCAGAAAAGAAUGGCAACGUAGGACGCAGUCAGUCUUUUGCAGUGCGCGCCCGGAAAAAAGGUCCCCCUCCUCCUCCUCCAAAGAGACUAAGCUCAGUGAGCAGCACCACCAGCGGGGAGCUGAGUGACAGCAGCACGACGUCAUCUGCUGGUGGGGCGAUGACAGACAGUCCAGUGAGUGUGAGGAGCAUCACAGCCUCUAUGGAAGGCAGGACAGAAGGGAAGAACCCUCCAGGACCUAAACCUGACCUCACUGAGCAGGAGCCGCCUCCUGCCUCCCUCAACCCUGCAGGUCAGGAGCCCAGAGAGGCUGGUGGGGUGAGGAGGAGGGUUCAGAGCGAGUGUAUCCCCACCCAGUCAGGCAUCAGCACAGAGCCGGAUCGAGCUGUAAAAUCUGACUCUGAGGAAGAAGAAUCAAAGGGUCGCGGACUGGAGGGCUCCUCAUCCCCUCAGAACAGCUCCAGUGAGUGCAUCCCCUUCGCGGAGGAGGGCAACUUGACUAUCAAACAGAGACCCAAAGCUCCAGGGCCACCACGGGCUGAGGCGGUGCUGGAGCCUCCAGAGAAACAAGCAGCCAAGAACCUGGAGGUGCCCGAGUUUAAUCUGAAGGAGUCAGACACAGUGAAGCGCAGACACAAACCCAAAGACAAGGACCAGAGUGGAGGCUCUCCCAACAGAGAGGGAGCAGGGGAAGCCGGGUCAAAAUCCAGUAGUAGCAGGCCUCCAUCCCAGAGCCAGGAUGAGGUCAGUCUGCAGAUUAAUGAGGCCAGUCUGGAGAGACCUGCUAGUCCAGCAACAGGAUCCCCCAUCAAACCUCCACUCUCCCCCAAACCUGCCGUUGCUCCAAAACCUCUCCGCCACAGUCUGCUGGCAUCACAAGCAGCUGGCCUCUCCUCUCCAUCUGUGACUGUCAAUGCGGUUCAGAGUGUGGCCUUCACCUCUCCGUCCUCUCCCUGUCACGGGCCUCCAGCUCCAGCCCCUCAGAGUCCAUCUCUGACAUCUGGGAGGCCUCAGGUGUGUGUGGUGGGCCCGGGUCUCGUCCCUGAGACAUCCUGUGGAACUGAGGUAGUUCAGCAGAGACUGGAUCAGACCAGCACGUCUCUGGCAGCAGCUUUGAAGGCCGUUGAGAGAAAACUGAACCUGGAGGACAACUCAGACAGUAGUGGAUCAAACACAGUGAAGUCUGCAGGGACAAUCCUGGACGACAUCGGCAACAUGUUUGAUGACCUGGCCGACCAGCUGGAUGCCAUGUUGGACUGAAGACUUUUCAUAAAGGCCCCAAAAUAAAAGCCCUCAACCUCAGGAAGUGAAACAGAGUAAGAGACAAAGGGGGGAAGGAGGGUCGAUGUUUUUACCCCUCAGCUCUGAGCUACAUGAUGAACACAGUCAGAGGAGCGCAGGUCAGACACUUGUCUUGUUUCUCAGCCUGAACACCAGCACUUAAUCUCCGCUGUGCUUCCUGGACCAGGUCCUGUACUCGCAUUUCUGACACAAUCUGGUUCCCAUAUCGACGGAUUCAAGUCCAGCUGAAACCUUGUUAACCUUGUUACGUCGUUGUGUCUUCUCAAAAUAUGAACCAAACUAAAGUUGGAGCAGCAGUAUUUUAUCAGCCCACUGUGAGGGGAGAAACUCCUUUGCAGAUUAUUAAGAUUAUUGUUAAACACUAAUAUUGUUACAUGAAGUUUUAUCUUUUUGACAUGAUAGAGAGCCGAAGUCCUGACUUCACUUCCUGUCCAGCAUCUGUUCGAUGAACGACAAAUGCAUAAACUGCCAAAAUUCUUGAUGAAUUGAAGUAAAGGUGGACAAAUUUUAACAACAACAAAACUAUAUCAAUCAGUUUACAAACUCACACAGCUCGUACAGUAUAAUACAAAUCUCAUUUUUCCAGUCGUAUGUUCAGUGCUUCACAAACAUGCAUUUUAGUUCAAAUCUCACCAUGUUAAACACCUCAGCACAAACUGUCUUAUGCCUUUGUUGUUUAUUUCUAAACUGUGGUAUUAAUACUUUUACUUCAGCAAAUACUUCCACCACUGUGGUUAACAUCCAUAUAGGCAAUAAUAACCUGCAAUGAAAAUCAAAAACAAAAUUGUCACUAAUAAACAGAAGAAAAGAAUAUAUGAUCAGAAUAGUCACUCUUGUGAAUCUUACUCACCUUGGGCUCACCUUAUAGUGAAUUAAGUAAAGAUAAUAAACUAUUUUCCAUUUUUCUAGAGAAAAAGGACCCCUGGAGGUCCCCGAACCUCUGGUUGAGAACCACUAGUACAUAGAACAACAUAAUUGCAAGAUCAACAUGUUGGUGUCUUUCAUCAGGGUCAUAAUAAAACGCAUUACAAACAACAUUUAAAUGCAGGUAGACAUGCAGCAGGAAGAAAGGAUGCCAAUUGAAGACACCCAGUCAUGUAGAUUUACACAUAUCAGCCAGUGGUGUAUCUGCAGAGGCGGGUUGGGUAUAUGGUCAUGUGGCUCCAGGCCAGUCGUCGUCCCAGACAGGCAGACAGUCCCUUCUUGAAAAGAAGUUAGUUAAGGGUCAUUAAAAACACAAAUAUUAGUUAAACAAUACUACAUAGUUUAAAAAAAAACAUCCUUAUUUAGACAAAGAGAGGAUAAAGUGUUGAGAACAUUUCUGUUUAAAGGCUGAAGUUCUAAUUACGUGUGAUUUUAAAUCCAGUUUUCUGGCUUGUGGAACAGAACCUGGACCGUCAGGUUUCACUCCAGCUCUCUACCCAACAUGUCUGACCAUUUCAAAUUCUACCUUUUGUAAUAUUAAAAAAACAAACAAAUCUAUUUUAUACCAAGUGAUCUUAACCGUGUGUAGUUAGUCUUCCAGUAUGUUUGUGUCGUUGUAACUGAAAUAUGUAAAAAAAAAGUGCUCGAUCAUGUUGUUGAUACAAAGGGAAGCAUGCUCAGCUCACCAGUCACUGUGUGUGUGUGUACAGACGGCAUGUGACAUGUCAGUGAUAUACAUACUAUUUUUUGAUAUUCAUUAUAGCCAUUUUAGUAUUUAAAUUAGAGUUAUCUAAAUAUGUAUAUUGUACACUAGAGGUAUAUACAGGAGCAGAUAUUCAACCAAAGUCUUUGUACAGAUUUUCCUCAAAUAUUUUCACAAACAUUUCCUUUAAAAAAAAAAAAAAGAGAUGCAGAUGCAGAAUCCUGUUUGUUGUAAGAUGUUUAUGAAAUGUUAUUUUCUCGUGCAGCCUGCAGCGUAUGGAUACAGAGUCCAUAUUUAGCAUGCCAUAGCUCUAUCUGAACAUGUUUCAUUGGUGAUAAAGACUGUUAACCCUGGUGUGUGUCUUGUGACCGUGUGAAUGGAUCUGUGUGUUAUUAUCUCUUGAGUCUCAGGAAAAUCCCUCCUGACCUCAACACGCUGGCUCCUCCGUGUCCUGCUGCUUCCAGCUACAGGGGAUUUAAAAAGCUGAGUGAAUUCAAUCAGACCUUAAAUACAGUCUGUACUGACUCACCUGUAAUGAUGAUGUCACUGCAGCCUCCACAUUCCUACAGCAUGACGUCAGUGUGUUCAUAACAACACGUUACGUAAAGAAUCUACACAGUAAAUAUCACACUGCAUCAUAUUGGAGGUGGAUGAUGUGUGUGUGUGUGUGUAUGUGUGUGUGUGUGUGUGUGUGUGUGUGUGUUUGUAAGAUUUCCUGUUGUUUUGGUCAUUCUCUGUCCCCUCUGGCUGUAUUAUUUGUUUAACCAUUAAAUAUCUAUGAUGUUACCCUG